CCCGGUCAGCCAAACCACUGCCCAUCUAGGAACUCCUGGAGCUUUGCGGACAUGAUCAGUUUUACAAGUCGACCACGUAUUACUUGAAACCCGUCCCUUUUCCCCCUGUCGAGACUGUCUACUGCUGCGACUGAGCGCGCUGUCCCGAGUGUGGUGGGGUUUCGCUUGCAGGCCUCAGUGUGAGCACUAUGUCAGGGUCCAAGGCGGCUCUCAAGGCCAUCAACGAUGCCAUCCGACAGCAAAAGUUUGACGAUGCCGUUGCCCAGGCCCAGGAAUUCAUAAAGAAGGAGUCCAAGAACUACCAAGGGCACAUCUUCCUUGCAUUUGCGUUGGACAAGAAGGGCAACCUUGAAGAGGCCGAAAAUAUCUAUCGUUCUGCCACAUCGCUUCGUCCCAAGGAGGCUCAGGCUUGGCAAGGCCUGAUCAAGCUUUUUGAGAAGCAGUCUGCUAAGAAACUCAACGAAUAUCAGCAAGCUGUUGUGAGUCUCGCUCAGAUUUACCAUGAUGCUGAAGACAUGUACAAGUCUCAAGACAUUGUCAUCAAAUUUGUGGAUUUCGCUCGGGUCCACGGCGACCAACUGCAGUACGCUGAUGCCCUCUGGAUCCAACUUCCAGAGAGUCCUCUGUACAACAUCCUGGAGGGUCGGUUCCCGCCUCCUUCAAAAACAUACGAGAGCAUUGCGCACAUAAUCGAGUCGUUUGAGAAGAAGCGCAUCAACACUCUCAUUGGCGAACGUCGAACUAGGCUGGGUGCUAAGCUGGGUGAGGUGACCUUGGAGGUGAAGCGAGAGGUUUAUCGUCAGAGCAAACUGGAACACAUUUAUCGACAACUCAUUAAUUGGACAAGCGACGACGACCUCAGGAGGACCUAUGAGGAGAAGCUCAUUCAGCUUUGCUACGAGCGUCUCCUGGUCGCCCCGGCAGGAGAUGAAAAGAAUCAGGAGCGUCAAAAGACUCUUGAUCUGGCCAACGGCAUGGUCACCAUCAAACACCCCUUCAAGCCCGCUUGGGAUAUCGCCAUAGAAUGGCAAGAUAACAAGGAGAUCAAAGAGUGGGACGCGGAUGUCCUCAGAAGCUACUGCACCUUUUUUCCAGAGAGCGACCUGUACAAGGUCAUUACGAGCUUUUUGACCAGUCCCAUCUCACCAUUUCCUGCCCCAAAACCAUCAGAAAAAGCUCCGUCUCUUUCGGGCGGCUCUGAUGACAGCGAGGAUGAUGAGGACGGUGGAGUGCCCACCUUGGUCGUUCCCUUGACGGACGAAGACCGCCUCGUGAUGAUGACGGAGGGUAUCACUACUGCCGAUUCCCUAUUUGCUUACAGACUAGUUGCUCCAUACUUUCUUCACCUUGGAGAGUACGAAAGUACCGUCGAGUUGAUGCGCAAAGCAUUGAGCCUUGUGACCAAGGAGCGCAAGAAGACAGGGAUCGCCCAUGUGAAUACGGAAGAUGCAUACUUCCUGUCGCUCGGUACUGCUCUGGUAUACUAUCAGUCACCGCGACAUCACCAAGAGGCAAAGAACCUUUUCGACAAGGUCCUCGAGCGUGAUACCACAUCGACCUCUGCCUUGAUCGGUGUUGGUCUCAUCUAUGAAGAAGAGGAGGAGUAUGACCAGGCCAUCGAGUUUCUCACCCGUGCUCUUCAGCGCGAUGACACCAAUAUUCGAGUCAAAUCGGAAGCUGCAUGGGUCAAGGCGCUUAAGGGCGAUUGGCAAAUAGCCAAGGAAGAACUCCUGGAGUGUCUGCCGCCUCUUGAGAAGCAGGGAGCUGCCUCUAAAGAGCUGUUGGGAGAAAUCCAGUAUCGCCUUGGCGUUUGCGUCUGGAAUAUCGAUACCAGUCGGGCAGCAAGGAAACAGCGCAAGGGAGAAUGCGCGUAUUCAUUCUGGCUGAGCGCCCUGAAUAACCAUAUUAAUUACGCGCCUACCUACACCAACCUCGGCGUCUUUUAUGCCGACUAUGCCAAAGACAAGAAGCGAUCACGUCGAUGUUUCCAAAAGGCACUAGAGCUGUCUCCUGCCGAAGUGGUUGCUGCCGAGCGCUUGGCACGCUCCUUUGCCGAUGAUGGAGAUUGGGAUCGGGUUGAGCUUGUGGCUCGCCGCAUUGUUGACUCCGGAAAAGUCAAGCCACCUCCUGGAUCUAAGAGAAAGGGAAUUAGCUGGCCGUUCGCAGCAUUGGGCGUUGCCGAGCUAAACAAGCAAGACUUCCACAAAGCAAUUGUGUCGUUCCAGGCGGCGCUGCGUAUUUCUCCCGAGGACUACCACUCUUGGGUUGGACUUGGAGAAAGCUACCACAGCUCUGGCCGACACGUCGCCGCGACGAAGGCUAUUCUCAACGCCCAGAAGCUCGAGGAGAAUAUCAAAACAGAUAUCUCAGAUGACAUGUGGUUCACUAAGUACAUGCUUGCUAAUGUCAAGCGCGAGCUGGCCGACUUUGACGACUCCAUCUCUCUGUACAAGGCUGUUCUGGAGACCCAUCCAGAUGAAGAAGGUGUCAUUAUUGCUCUUAUGCAGACCAUGGUGGACAAUGCUCUCACGUCGAUUGAGAAGGGGCUAUUCGGCAAGGCAGUACACCUCGCUAUUGAUGCCAUCGAAUUUGCUACCAAGGCGACUGGCAACGUCCUCGAGACUUUCAACUUCUGGAAGACGGUAGCGGAUGCAUGCUCCGUUUUCUCAUCGGUUCAGAGCCGCACGGCGGACCUUCCGACACAAUCCAUCAGGACCCUCUUGGAAAAUAGCCCGCAGGAGGCCUAUGAGAUCCUCUCAGAGGUCGAUAAUGUCGGCACCAACGUCGUGUUUGCCAAGGGUCUUUACGCAGACGAUGAGCAACCUGGAGUCGACCUCACCCGAUGCAUCCACGCUACGAUUUUGUGCCAUAAACAGGCCAUUCACAUUUCCACUCGCGAUCGACACGCUCAAGCCGUUGCAUACUACAACCUUGGAUGGGCCGAAUACCGUGCCCACAUCUGUCUCCCCACCAAUCUUCGCAAGAAAUCUAGCAGGUACAUUAAGACAGCUGUACGAUCAUUCAAGCGGGCAAUUGAAUUGGAGGCUGGAAACUCGGAGUUCUGGAACUCACUGGGCGUGGUAACGAGUGAAAUUAGCCCAUCGGUUUCACAGCACGCAUUCUCAAGAAGCCUCUACCUCAACGAGAGGAGCCCGGUGGCAUGGACGAACCUAGGCACUCUGGCGCUGUUGUCAGGGGAUGUGAAGUUGGCCAACGAAGUAUACACGAGGUCGCAAUCUACUGACCCUGAGUACGCACACGCAUGGCUUGGCCAAGCAUUCGUCGCCUUGUUGCAUGGAGAUGCGAAGGAGGCGAGGGGCCUCUUUACGCACGCCAUGGAGAUCUCAGAGUCGUCUUCUGUCCCUACUCGUCGCCAUUACUCGACUUCCAUGUUCGACUACAUCCUCAAGGUGCCGUCCAACAAUCUCACCGUCGCAGCCUUCAUCCAACCACUCUUCGCGCUCAACCAGCUCCAAAGUCUUAAGCCUGAAGAUUUGGCUUUUGGUCACUUAUCGACACUUUACCAAGAGCGGACUCAUGAGAGCUCCCGGGCUGUUGAGACGCUCGAGAAAAUUUCUGCUGCCCUCGAGGAGGAUUACGAGAGGACAGAGUCGUCCGACAGCCUGGCAAGGUUUGCACUGGCCAAGACUGACUUGGCGAGAGCGUAUCUCGCAUCAGGCUCCUACGAGAAGGCAGUCGAGUGUGGAGAAUUGGCGCUGGGUCUCAGCAGCGAGGAGGCUGAGAAUGAGCUUACGAGCGAGCAGCGCAGAAAGGCCCGACUCUCUGCCCACUUGACAGUCGGCCUCGCGCAGUACUUUGGUAACGAAUUUGAGGACGCCAUCAAGCGUUUCGAGGAGGCAUUGGCUGAGUCAUCUGGCAACCCUGAUGCGAUCUGCUUGUUGGCUCAGGUUCUAUGGGCUGAAGGGUCCGAGCCAUCUAGAGAUAGGGCCCGUGAAGGACUCUUUGGGGUCAUUGAGGAGCACCCCGACCAUGUCCAAUCCGUUCUUCUCCUGGGCGUCAUUGCUCUGCUCGACAACGACGAAGACAGCUUGGAAGCCGUGGUUGAAGAGCUACAGGGACUCCGUACCAAUGACAAGGUGACGGCCGCGGAGCAGUCGCACAUUGGCGAGGUGCUCCGGGCGAUUUCCACGCUUGGAGAGGGCCGCACAGAAGAGGACGCGAGGACCCAGAUGCAGACAGACAUCAUGCUGUAUCCCAACCUGCCGCACGGAUGGUCAGCGCUCGCAGAGACGACGGGCGACGAACACGCGGCCCAGAUGGCGCUCAAGGUAGCCAUCAGGGGCAUUCCUCCACGGGGGCUUUUGGACGCCCAGGAUUUGGCCAAGGCGUAUGCUGGCACGCAGACGGCGGGAGACGCACAGAGAGCGGCGUUCCUGGCACCGUGGGAGCAGUGUGGAUGGAAGACGUUGGAGACUGCUACACAGGAUAUUUAGAUGGCAUCUGUUGGAUGAUGUUACGAGGCCAUGACUAUUUCAAGAGGAUAGACCAGCCGGAUAUGAAAAAUAGUCUUGUAAGAUGGCGUUUUUGCUGUAAGCCGCCAUGUAUAUGAAAACUAUCAAUGAUGAAAAUAGG